CUUGUUUUUAAUUUUACUUCCAUCAGUACUUUCUCUCUGAUCUCUCCACUCUCCACUCUCCAUAACCCUUACCCCUUCACUGCAAAUUUCUGAUAAAACUCACUCUUCUUUUAUCUUCCCCAUCCCUCUCUCCUUUCUCUCUCAUCUCCUUUAAAUACUUUCUCUCUCUUUCCUUCCUCAUAUAGCUCUCUCUCUCUCUCAAAAGAAAAGGGAGUGAAAUAAGCCAUGGAUGUUGACCAGUUAAAGUCUGCAACAGAAGAUCAGAUGCAGAUGAUGAUGAUGGACAAGCUCCCUGAGUUCUACGGUGCUUGUCAUGAAGUUGUUGAUUUAGCUCUGCCACCUGAGUUUGCUGGUGCAACUACUGCUACUACAACCGACUGCGCUGGUUCUGAUGCUAUCUUGAAUUUUAUCAAUAAUCCACGUAUCAGCAGCUUGCCUUCUUUCACGGCCAUACCAUUUCAAGAGGAUUCGCCACCGCCUGCUUUCCCGUCAAAUCCAUCCACAGCAAGAUGUAGAGCUGCCGGAGAAUUCUCAGGUCCAAAAUCUUAUUCUACGCCAUCGCAGAAGAAUUCAAUGGCAGCAAUGAGGGAGAUGAUAUUUAGAAUGGCAGUCAUGCAACCAAUUCACAUAGACCCAGAAUCUGUGAAGCCACCAAAGCGUAGAAACGUGAAGGUUUCAAAAGAUCCUCAAACUGUGGCUGCACGCCAUAGAAGGGAGAGGAUAAGCGAGAAAAUAAGGAUUCUUCAAAGAUUAGUCCCUGGAGGUACCAAAAUGGACACGGCAUCCAUGUUAGAUGAAGCAAUUCACUAUGUGAAAUUCUUGAAGAACCAAGUGCAGUCCUUGGAAAGAGUUCAAGCUAACAGCUCAUCAACUGGGAUUGGAUUCCCUGUGGCAAUGUCCAGUGGAAGCUUCCUUUCUAAGGGGAAAACUUACCUGCAGUAACCUCCACAUCAACAUUAUGAAGAUGCUUAAUUCAUCAACUCUUUGAGUAAUUAAAUGAAAACUCUUAAUUCAUGUUAAUUUAGCUAGCUCUGUAGGAUGUAAAAAGCUUAAUAUUUAUAAUUAGCAUGUACUUGAAAUACUUAAUUAUU